CGUCGCGUCGUGCAUGUUUCGCUACAUACGUGCAAAUGGCGGACAUCGCGGUGUUUUGUGCGAUGUUUCUUCGCGAUUGACUUGGUUGUACUGUUGGUGCAACAUUCGACAAGCGUGGAAUAUAAGAUAGAAUAUCUCGAAUUAUAGUGAUUCGCAGAUUGUUCACAGUCAUGGUGAAGCUGCUAAAGAAGUUCUUCACCGGUGACAAGGUGUUUGCCAAAGUUCGAGGUUAUCCGCCAUGGCCAGCUAGGGUUGAAAAAGUUAAUGAUCCAAAUUCAAAAAAUGCCAGAUAUAGUGUUUUCUUUUAUGGUACAGGAGAAACAGCUGUUUGCAAAGUUGAGGAGCUUUAUUCCUAUACUGAAAAUAAAGACAAAUAUGGCAAACCAAAUCGACGAAAAUUCUUUCAUGAGGGCAUACAACAACUUGAACAAGAUCUUAAAAAUGAAAGAAAUAAAACUAUGGAUGAUAUUGCUGCUAUUAAAGAUGAUAUUUUGUCUAUAGGUGCUGCUUCAGCAGCAGAUCUGCCAACUGUUAGUGCUACAGAUAGUGACAUUGAAUCCGGUUCUUUAGUAAUAGAUGAAGGAGACAAAAAGAAAUUUUUAAAGAGAAAGCCUUUUACAUCUACGCCUAACACUUCUCAAGAUACUCCAGAAGUAAAGAAGAGACGUGGCAGAGCAAAAGCUUCAACUGAUAUAUCUAAACAAGAAGCUUUGGAUUCGCAAGGGGAAGAAUCACCUAAGGAAGUUGUUAGUCGCAGUGGACGCAAAAUUAAACCAAAACGUUUUGCAGAUUUUUCAAGUUCCGACGAAACCGAACCUAAUAUAGAGCAUGGACGAGGACGCAAAGCGAAAAAUGAAGAUCCUAAUGAGCAUCAGAUAACACCAAAUGUAAUACACAAAAAAAGAGCUGCUAUUGAAAAAAGAAAUAAUGUAGAUGAAGGACCGAUACUAGAUGGUACUAUAGUAUCAAGUACUACAUCUUCUGAUACGUCAAGCCGAGUUCUCUUAGCUCGUACAUUCGCUGGAGAACAUGUAGGCAUUAAACUUGAUGUAAACAGGCCGAAGUCAUUUGAAAGCGAGAAAGCUCGAGCGCAAUGGGACUGGUCAACCGCUAGAAAUGCUAUGAAGCUUAAAGCACAAUUAGAGAGUGGUGAGAUUUUACCUGAACAAGUAAAAGAUUCUUUAGAUUUUAAUGUACCCGUGCCAGAAGAUGAGAAAAAUCUCUCCAAAGACGGAGCUGUCCACCGUAAAACAUACAAACUAAGAUGGCUUCGUAUAGAAGCUCAGCUUUUACAGUUAGAUGCUCAAAUAAAAUCGAGUCUGGGGUUAGAUCGAGCUGAUACAGAUAGAUGCUUAGAAGCGAUGGAUAAUAUCUUGGCCCUUUCAAUUGAUCCUUUAAUGUUAAAGAAACAUCCUCACAUUGUGGAAACAGUGAAAAGACUGCGACGAUAUGUUGGCAAUUUGGGAGAAUGGAAACUAAGUGAAGAAGAAGGGGCUGUUUUUAAACAAAAGGCGGAACAGAUCAGACAAAAAGCUGAGCACAUAUACAACAAGUUCAAAGCUAUGUUUACCAUACCCGAGGGUCAGUCAUUUUGGCAAUCAUUUUCGAAUCAAGUGGUCCAUUUCAAAGAAUUAACGAAAAAUAUGUCUGAAGAGAAAGUAUUUUCACUGAUGUCCGAUCCUGCUGCUCCAGAUGCAGGUAGAUUGGAGAGUCCACCUACAGCAGAUGAAAGUGGUAGUUAUCCAGAUAUAGAUGUACCAGCUGAAGUAGAACCAGCAGCAGAACCAGAACCAGAACCAGAAUCAGAAGCAGAAAAUAAACCAGAAUCAGAACCUGAACAUGAAGUUGAAGCUGAGCCUAAAUCGAAAUCAAAAACAGAAACGGAAAGUGAAUCAAUAUCACAGGCACAAAGAAGAACAGAGCCCGAAAUUUUUGCUGAAACGGAAGUAGAAGCAGAAGUGCCUGCUAGCAAUGAGAGUCUUAAAGAUGAGGGAGCCAAGUAACAUAUGUAAACUUUAUCUGAUAAUAUUGUUUCUCUCUGGUACACCAUCAUGGUACUAAAAGACCGAAAGACUCAUAACUUACACAUCGGCCACAUUCAUCGAACAAUAUUUUAUAUUAUUACAAAUUUUUAUUCUUUCUUUGUAAUGAACAUGUUUAUUAUAAUUUGGAAAUUAGUAUCACAUGCAGAUGUAAUGUCUACAUUUAUAAAAGAAUGAUAAAGUUCGCAGAUUUAACUUUUUAUUUGGCGAAAUGUUAAUAAUAUAUAUUUUCUUUGUAUUAAACAGACACACGCGUUUACACUAUGUGUGUAUAUAUGUAUAUAUAUAUAUAUAAAUGUAUGUAUAUAUACACAUUAUGUGUACACACAUAUACUAAGUUAUAAGUAUAUGUAAUCAUGCGUUAAGCGUGAUAAGCAAUUAAUAAUAAGAGAAAUUUUAUUGAGAAUAUGUUAUUUAUGAGUUUAUUAUAACGUUCCCGAUAAAGAGUUAAAACUAAUUAUGUUAAAGUAAUAAAAAAUAGUAGACAUUAUGUCUUAAAAAUCAUAAAAUAAUUUUAUGAACUAUCAAUUUCGCAAAUGUCAAGAUUAAUAUCUUAAUAGAUGUGUUAUAUUUUC